GAUUCCUCUACAUUCGGUGUUUGUCCUUGACUUUGCUACUACUGCAAACCCUUCAUCGUUGUCGCAAACAACUCUUGCCUUGUGGCCACCGUCGACCCCUGCGUAUCCUCUCUCGCUGUUAACGCUGCCCUCACGACUGUCAUCUUCUGUUCACAAAGCAGCACUGCGACGGUUCUCUUGUCACUAGUAGUCCACAACCUUGCCACAACUUCUCAUAGAUUCUAGGUCAGGGCAAUAUCGCCAUGGCGUACUAUCAAGGCGAUCCGAUGAUGGGCUUCCCGUCGUUUCUGCGAGGCGGCGCUCCACCAGUGGGCAUGUCCACGAGACGUUUCGACGAGUACUAUCGAUGUUACCCUGUGGUUAUGAUGAGCGGUCCGGACAGGAGCCAUGUCAAUCACGGUGGAAAGGUCUUCCUGCCGCCAUCUGCGCUCGAUAAGCUCACAAGGCUUCACAUUUCCUAUCCUAUGCUUUUCGAACUCAUUAACGGCAACGCGGGCAAGACUACACAUGCGGGUGUCCUUGAGUUUAUCGCUGAGGAGGGAAGAAUAUAUCUGCCGCAAUGGUUGAUGAACACCCUUGACCUUGACCCGGGUGAUCUCCUCCAGAUCCGAUCCACCGACCUGCCGCCUGGAAAGUUCAUCAAAUUACAACCUCAAUCACCCGCCUUCCUAAACAUCUCCGAUCCGCGAGCCGUCCUCGAAAAUGCGUUUCGAAACUUCUCUUGCCUCACCAAGAACGAUGUCUUCACGUUCGAAUACAACGAUGAAACAUUCGACGUUGCGGUGCUGGAAGUCAAGCCUGACACAGACUCGCAUGCUAUAGUAACGAUGGAAACAGAUUUGGAGGUCGAUUUCGCAACUCCGGUUGGAUAUGUACCCCCAGAACGAACUAGUGGAGCAAGUACACCCAGAAGUACACUGGGGAAACCACAUGGAGGACCGGUUCAUUUUCAGGGCACGAUGGCACAGUCCAUCAACUAUCCAAGCAUAGCACCCUCAUCUAACUCGGCAGAGGCAGGCGCCAGAGCUGUUUCGUCACAUUUUCUUAGUGGUGGGCACAAGCUGAGUUCCAAAAAGAGUUCGAAAGUCCCCACACCGAGUCCGUCAACACCAGUCGCAGGAACGUCCACGAAUGAGGCCAAACCAGUGACCAAACGCACAAAUGGUCCACAACCACUCAGACUACCACCAGGGAAGCUCUUCUUCGGCUACGAAGUGAUACCCUUGCGCAAGAAAGAUGAGAACGAGGAGCCAGUGACGGGUGAUGAGGUCAAGCCACGGUUCCAGGGACAAGGACAGACGCUGAGGGCGAAGAAGCGAGCUGCAGGGACCGACAGUGGUACUGGCAGUGGCGUCAACAGUGAUGCGGAAGGCAAGGCCAAGGGCAAGGCACCGUCAAGAAAGUGAAGUCGACAUCUGUUACAGAAUUCACGGAAAUCGGGAUUUGCAUAGCGAAGGCGUUUCUUGUCGGCUUGGGCAAUGGGCUGUAGGGCAUCGCAGGACACUAGCUUCAAUGGGUGGACAUGCUGAUAUGGGCCAUCCUAGCACUAUAUGCUGGGGCACAUGAGUUGUUAGAUUACCAAGAGAUCAAAAUCAUAGAGGAUCGAAAGAUUUCUGAAACCAGCCCGGUGAACAUUAUCCCGAGCCUCGCAUUACGUCACCGUCAACAACUUCAAGUCUAUUCAAUCCGACGUACAAGAUCAUGAGAUA